AUACUUGUGAAAAAAAAGGCAUUGGGAACGGAGGAGUCACUGCUUCAGCGGCGGGAGGUAAUUGCUUGGCGGGGACCUAAAAAUCAGAGAAGAUAGAGAAGGAGAAGGAGAGGAUGUGCGAUAGGAAAGUUUCUCAGCCUCCGCUGGAAGGAACACAAGCGGAUUCUUUAGAGAUGAAGCCGGUGAGGAUGAGGAAGUGGGAAUCUCAGAAACAGGGUACCCAGAAACCCGUUCACGGUUUGUCCAUGGACAGUGAACCGAAGAAGACGAAUAGGGGGAGCACGAGCAAGGUGCAGAAGGUGGUAUCUCCCUAUUUUCCGCUACCGAUUCCUGAAAAAGACGAGGAAAUCGUGGUCCUCAAGAAGAGGGGGAGGACGAGGAAGGUGCAGAGGGUGGUAUCUCCCUAUUUUCCGAUACCGAUUCCUGAAAAAGACGAGGAAAUCGUGGUCCUCAAGAAGAGGGGGAGGACGAGGAAGGUGCAGAGGGUGGUAUCUCCCUAUUUUCCGAUACCGAUUCCUGAGAAGGACGAGGAAAUCGUGGUCCUCAAGAAGAGGGGGAGUACGAGCAAGGUGCAGAGGGUGGUAUCUCCCUAUUUUCCGAUACCGAUUCCUGAGAAAGACGAGGAAAUCGUGGUCCUCGAAAAGAGGGGGAGGACGAGGAAGGUGCAGAGGGUGGUAUCUCCCUAUUUUCCGAUACCGAUUCCUGAGAAAGAAGAGGAAAUCGUGUUCCUCGAGAAGAGGGAGACGAAUGGAAGGAGCGCACGUGGUGGGAAGAGCCCAAAAGUUGAGGUGACUUCUACCACUGAUCUUGAAUCAAAUGCCAAUUUGCUAAUUGUAGACAAUGAGAGUGUGGGUUCUAGGAGUAAUUUGAUGGUAGGCGUUUCCAAUGGAAAGAAAGGGCGGAAAAGUGACGAGGGUGAGAGAGAGCUUGAUUGCAGUAAUCGCAGUCAGGUCACGAAGAGGAAGUGGAACGACCCUCUAUGUUCCCAGCAGGAUUUGAAUUCUGGGGUGAAGGAGGAAAAGAGGGAUGAAAAAGUGCCACAUUUUGUUUUUAGUAGUGGUACUAGGGGUGAAAAUGGCAGUGAAAGAGCUACCUCAUUUGGAAAGACAAGCUUCGAGGAUUUACUAUCGCAAUUCGAAUAUAAAGGCAAUGGCAUUACAAGGAAUAUUGGAAAACUGCGAGCAUGCACUUCUCAUUUCCAGAAGGGUGUGAAAAAGGAAGAGGGAAACAGCAAUUGCAAGGGAGAUAAAAUAGCAUCUGUUAAAGAGUUCAACUAUUCACAGGAGAGCACUGCAUGCAUUCGAAAGAUGAGGCAGGGGAAUGCUGGAUGCAAAAAGUUGCCUAGAAUGCAUAAAACGCCAGGGUUUGUUAAGACUACUCUUUCUGCCUCCCAGAAGAAAGAUGAGGCAUAUCUACGAAAAACUUUUGACAACACCUGGAAACCUCCACGUUCUGAAUUUGGACUCCUCCAGGAGGAUCAUGCGCAUGACCCUUGGAGGGUGUUGUUGAUAUGUAUUCUUCUUAAUCGUACUUCUGGUAAACAGGUUCAAAAAGCCAUACCAGGCCUCUUCGCUUUGUGUCCCAACGCUAAGGCUGCAACUGAGGUUGGGACAGCAGAAAUAGAAAUAGUGAUAGAGAAACUAGGUCUGCAGAAGACGAGGUCGGUUACAAUACAGCGUUUUUCUCGGGAGUAUAUGGAGGAAGGAUGGACUCAUGUGACUCAGCUUCAUGGAGUUAACAAGUAUGCUGCUGAUGCACAUGCGAUCUUCUGUACAGGAAAAUGGGAUCGGGUUACACCUUGCGAUUAUAUGCUUAAUUAUUAUUGGGAAUUUCUUCGCAGUAUCAAGGAUAGUCUGCCAUAGUGUUACCUUCUUUUAUGUUUAGGAGCUCUGAUUUGUUGUUUAUUUUGGCAUGUAUUGAAUUGGAUCAGUGUUGUAGGGGCAAGUUUUAGAGUGCUAAGGUUUAUGCUUAACUCAGGGUUCCUCUGUGUAAUUAUGUUUACCAUGAAGGUUGUGGUGAAAUACUAUGUUUUGAGCCAGCUAAGUAAAUUGGUUUGACUA